GAGAAGGGAGCGAAGGAGGCAAGGAGAAGAAGGAGGGAGGCAAGGAGCGAGCGGGAGCGGGAGCGCUGGGGAGGCCCCGGGAGAGCAGCUCGGGGCAGAGGCAGAGCUGCUGGAGCGGGCCCACCGAGAGCCCCCCGCGCCCCCAGCCCGCGGGCCCGGCCGCCAUGCAGGGGCGCAGCGCGCGCACAGGGACAGCGGCCACCGCCACCGUCACUGCCACCUCGGAAGGCCAGAGCUGACCAGCGUAACCGGGAGCUGCAGACCCAUUCCUGGAAAGGAUCCAUCUUCCAGGGACUCUGAGACCUGUCCCCAGCCCUGCCCCUGAGCAGAAGUCCAUGUUCCUGGAAAGCCCACUGAGGACUUCUCCUGGGGUCCUGAGGAGCAGGAUGGUGUCCUGGGUGUGGGCGCUGACCCUAUGGAGCUCCUUGUGGCACAUGGGCCACAGCUCGAGGCCCAGGAAGCUGGAAUUCUUCCGCAGUAAGACAGAGUUGAACCAUCUGGUGGUCGAUGACGUGUCAGGGACUGUGUACCUGGGGGCUGUGAAUGCCCUCUACCAGCUCACUGCUGACCUCCAGCUGGUCCACAUGGUGAACACAGGGCCUGCGCUGGACAACAAAAAAUGCACACCCCCCAUCGAGCAGAGCCAGUGUCAAGAGGCUGUGAACACAGACAACGUCAACAAGCUGCUCCUGCUGGAUCGGCCGGGUGGGCGGCUGGUGGAGUGUGGCAGCCUGUUCAAGGGCAUCUGUGCCCUGAGGGAGCUUGGCAACAUCUCACACCGCAUCUUCUACGAGGACAGCAGCGGCGAAAAGUCCUUUGUGGCCAGCAACGAUGAGCGGGUGUCCACAGUGGGGCUGGUGACCAGCGUGGGCAAAGGGGACGAUGACAGUGGGCCUGCCGAGCGUGUGCUCUUUGUGGGCAAAGGCAACGGCCCCCACGACAAUGGGAUCAUCAUCAGCACGCGCCUGCUGGACCGCAAGGAUGGCAAGGAGGCCUUUGAGGCCUACACGGACCACACAGCCUUCAAGGCAGGCUACCUCUCGGCAAACACCCAGCAGUUUGUGGCUGUGUUUGAGGAUGGCGACUACGUCUUCUUCAUCUUUAACCAGCAGGACAAACAGCCGGCCAAGAACCGCACCCUGGUGGCACGCAUGUGCAAGCAGGACCCCUUCUACUACUCCUACUUUGAGAUGGACCUGGAGUGCCACAGCAGCUCAGGGGAGGUGUACAGCAUCUGCCACGCGGCCUUUGUGGCCGCCCUGGGGGCCACACCUGGGGCCAGCCAGGUACUCUUUGCAGUCUUUGGCAAAGAUAGUAAGAGCACCAGUGACAACCCCCGCUCUGCCCUGUGCCUCUUCUCCUUGGACGACAUCCACCAGAAAAUGGAGGAGAACAGGAACAAGUGUUAUACGGGCGCCCAGGGCAGUGGCUCCCAGACCUUCUACAAGCCCUUCCACGGUGAUGUCCAGUGUGCGAGCCACGGGCCGAUGGCCAGCCAGAGUUUCCGCUGUGGCUCUGAGCACCUGCCCUACCCCCUGGGGAACCGGGAUGGGCUGGUGGGCACUGCUGCGCUGCAGAGAGACGGCCUGAAUCUGACAGCGGUGACGGUGACGACUGAAAACGGGCACACCGUGGUCUUACUGGGGACCUCCGACGGCCGCAUCCUCAAGGUGUUUCUGACGGCUGACGAUGGGGAGUCCAAGGAAUACGGUUCCAUCCUCGUGGAGCUUAACAAACGCAUCGAGAGAGACCUACUGCUGUCCGCCAAUGGGACAAAUCUCUACGUUAUGACCCAGGACAAGGUUUUCCGGCUUCCUGUUCAGGACUGUCUAAGUUACUUAACCUGUGAGCAAUGCCAGAAUUCUCGGGACCCCUACUGUGGCUGGUGUGUGCUUGAAGGACGCUGCACCAGGAAGGUCGACUGCCUGAGGGCAGAGGAAGAGAAUCAUUGGCUCUGGAGUCGGGGGAACACCUGUGUAGCCAUCACCAGUGCCCACCCCCAGAACAUGAGCCGUCGGGCUCAGGGCAAGGUGCAUUUGACAGUCAGCCCACUCCCAGCUCUGACAAUGAAUGAUGACCUUCAGUGUAGCUUUGGAGACUCGCCGGCACACCCUGCCCAGGUGGAAGGAGAGACCAUCAUCUGUAACUCGCCCAGCAGCAUCCCCCCAACACCUCCAGGCCAAGACCACGUGGAGGUCCAGAUUGUGCUCACCUUCCUGCGGACUCCUGUGUUCUUGACCUCUCACAUGUAUCCAUUCUAUGACUGCAAGGAGGCCAUGAGCCUGGCAGAAAAUGUGCCGUGCAUCUCUUGUGCCAGUAAUCGCUGGAACUGCCAGUGGGACCUGAGGUACCAUGAGUGCCGAGAGUCUUCUGCCAACCCUGAGGAAGGCAUCAUCAAGUCCCACAUGGAAGAGAAUUGUCCCCAGUUCCUGAACCCCAGUCCAUUGGUCAUUCCCAUGAACCAUGAGACUUCUGUGAACUUUGAGGGGAAGAACCUUGAUCCAGGGAAGAUGUCCUCCCUGCACGUGGGCAGCGAGAAGCUGAAAUUUGAGGAGCCAGUGAGAACCGGGGAGUCUGGCACCUUCACCUUCACCACCCCCAAGUUAUCCUAUGAUGGGAACGAGACGCUGCCUCUGAACUUGUACGUCAAAUCUUAUGGGAAGAAUAUCGACAGCAAACUGGAGGUGACCCUGUACAACUGCUCCUUUGGGCGCAGCGACUGUAGCCUCUGCCUGGCCGCCAACGCUGCCAAUCCCGACUACCACUGUGUGUGGUGUGGGGGCCGGAAUCAGUGUGUGUAUGAGGCCCUGUGCAGCAACAUCACCACCGAGUGCCCACCCCCUGUCAUCACCAAGAUUAAACCUGAGACGGGCCCCCUGGGCGGUGGCAUCCAGGUCACCAUCCUGGGAUCUAACCUGGGCAUCCAAGCUGAUGACGUCAAGAGGAUCACAGUGGCUGGCAAGAACUGCGAUUUUCAGAAGGCCCAAUACUCUGUGUCUACCAGGAUUGUGUGCAAGGUCGAUCCUUCCGAGGAAGCCCUCACGGGGGGGAUUGAGGUGGAUAUCAACGGCAAACUGGGCCAGUCACCUCCCCACGUCCAGUUCACCUACCAGCAACCAGUACCCAUGGAGGUGAACCCCACCCAGGGGCCCCAGGCUGGCGGGACCACCCUGGUCAUCAGUGGCUCCUUCCUAGACACCGGUUCCUCCGAGGACAUCCGGGUGAUCCUGGGCAACUACAAGAAGGGUGUGCCCUGUGAGGUCAUUGAAUUUGGGCCAGACAUCCGAUGUGUCACAGGGCCCUAUGAGGCCCUGGGGGAGGUCCCCAUUGAGGUCUUCUAUGGCAGCUCCUUGACAGCAGGGAAUCGAGUCACCUUCACUUACAGGGAGAACCCUGUGCUAAAGGCCUUUGAACCCUUGAGGAGCUUCGUCAGUGGAGGCCGAAACAUCAACAUCACAGGCCAGGGAUUUGACCUGAUCCAGAACUUCUCAAUGGUCGUCAUUGCAGAGCCGCUCCGAUCCUGGAGCAAGAGGAGGAAGAGGCAGGCUCAGAGCCCCCUCCGGGCCACCACGGUGGUGGGGACCACGUAUACCCGCUAUAGUGACACAAAAGUCGUCUUCUCAUCCCCCCAAAUCCCUGAUGAGCCCGAGGCCUAUAACAUCACCACACUGCUCCAGAUGGAUGGCCACCGGGUCCUGCUGAAGACGGAGGCGGGGGCCUUUGAGUAUGUCCCAGACCCCACCUUUGAGAACUUCACUGAUGGAGUGAAGAAGCAGGUCAACAAGCUCAUCCAUGCCAGGGGCACCAAUUUGAAUAAGGCAAUGACCAUCCACGAGGCAGAGGCAUUUGUGGGUGCUGAGCGAUGUUUCAUGAAGACACUGACUGAGACAGACCUGUACUGUGAACCCCCAGAGGUACAGCCACCCCCCAAGCGGCGGCAGAAGCGGGAUACCACCCACAACCUGCCUGAAUUCAUUGUAAAGUUUGGUGCCAGGGAGUGGGUCCUAGGCCGCGUAGAGUAUGACACUCGCAUGGGUGACAUGCCCCUCAGCAUCAUCUUGCCCCUGGUGAUCAUCCCCAUGGUGGCCAUCAUCGCCUUCUCCAUCUACUGCUACUGGCGCAAGAGUCAACAGGCCGAACGCGAGUAUGAGAAGAUUAAGUCUCAGCUGGAAGGCCUGGAGGAAAGUGUCCGGGACCGAUGCAAGAAGGAGUUCACAGACCUGAUGAUUGAGAUGGAAGACCAGACCAAUGAUGUGCACGAGGCCGGGAUCCCUGUGCUCGAUUAUAAGACCUACACAGACCGGGUCUUCUUCCUGCCCUCCAAGGAUGGCGACAAAGACGUCAUGAUCACAGGGAAGCUGGACAUCCCUGAGUCUCGAAGGCAGACGGUAGAGCAGGCACUCAACCAGUUCUCUAACCUGCUGAACAGUAAAUCCUUCCUCAUCAAUUUCAUCCACACACUGGAGAACCAGCGGGAAUUCUCAGCCCGGGCCAAGGUCUACUUUGCGUCCCUGCUGACGGUGGCUCUGCACGGGAAGCUGGAGUACUAUACAGACAUCAUGCGGACACUCUUCUUGGAGCUCAUGGACCAGUAUGUGGGGGCCAAGAACCCCAAGCUGAUGCUGAGGAGGUCAGAGACUGUGGUGGAGAGAAUGCUGUCCAACUGGAUGUCCAUUUGUCUGUAUCAGUAUCUCAAGGACACUGCUGGUGAACCGCUUUACAAGCUCUUCAAGGCCAUUAAGCACCAAGUGGAGAAGGGCCCCGUGGACGCUGUGCAGAGGAAGGCCAAGUACACCCUGAACGACACAGGGCUGCUGGGGGAUGAUGUGGAGUACAUCCCACUGACUGUGAAUGUUAUUGUUCAGGAGGAAGGUGUAGAUGCCAUCCCUGUCAAAGUCCUCAACUGUGACACCAUCACCCAAGUAAAGGAGAAGAUCAUUGACCAAGUGUAUCGAACACUGCCCUGCUCGAGGUGGCCCAAGGCUGAGAGCGUCGUCCUGGAGUGGCGUCCUGGAUCCACGGCCCAGAUCCUGUCAGACUUGGAUCUCACCUCACAGCGUGAUGGCCGCUGGAAACGGAUCAAUACACUCAUGCAUUACAAUGUCCGAGAUGGGGCCACCCUCAUCCUUUCCAAGAUGGGGAUCUCCCAGCAGCCCGAGGACAGCCAGCAGGACCUGCCCGGAGAACGCCAUGCCCUUCUGGAGGAGGAAAACAGAGUGUGGCACCUCGUGAGGCCCACAGAUGAGGUGGAAGAAGGGAAAUCCAAAAGGGGUAGCAUGAAGGAGAAAGAGAGGACCAAAGCUAUAACGGAGAUCUACCUGACCCGCCUGCUCUCCGUGAAGGGCACACUGCAGCAGUUUGUAGAUAACUUCUUCCACAGCGUCCUGACCCCCAGCCCAACUGUCCCGCCGGCCGUCAAAUACUUCUUUGACUUCCUGGAUGAGCAGGCAGAGAAACAGGAGAUCAAGGAUGAAGACACGAUUCACAUCUGGAAAACCAAUAGUUUACCACUCCGAUUCUGGGUGAACAUCUUGAAGAAUCCUCAUUUCAUCUUUGAUGUCCACGUCCCAGAAGUCGUUGACUCCUCCUUGUCGGUCAUCGCUCAGACUUUCAUGGAUGCCUGCACUCGGACAGAACACAAGCUGAGCAGGGACUCUCCCAGUAACAAACUGCUCUAUGCCAAAGAGAUUUCCACCUACAAGAAGAUGGUGGAGGACUACUACCGAGGGAUCCGACAGAUGGUACAAGUGAGCGACCAGGACAUGAACACCCACUUAGCCGAGAUUUCCCGGGCACACACAGACUCUCUGAACACCCUCGUGGCCUUGCAUCAGCUGUACCAGUAUACACAGAAAUACUAUGAUGAGAUCAUCAAUGCCCUGGAGCAGGACACUGCAGCCCAGAAGAUGCAGCUGGCCUUCCGCCUACAGCAGAUUGCAGCAGCUCUGGAGAACAAGGUCACAGACCUCUGACACCCCUGCCCGGCUCUGGAGAACAAGGUCACAGACCUCUGACACCUCCUGCCCGGCUCUGCCAAUCGUUCUCCUCUCUCCUCGUCUGAGGAUGAUCAUGUCCCAUUUUAAAAUGUACAAUUCUACAAGAAAGAGAAAUUGUGGUUUUGUGGAUCAGCCAAGUGAGAUGUGAAAAGGAUUUGAACUGUAAAUUCAUUCUGAUGGAGCUUGCGCACGUGCUCGCUCUCCUGUGGGUGUCAGUAGACCUCUCUCUUCUUAGAAAUGUAGACGUCGCCUUCGUAGCCUCAAGAGGCAUGGCCAGGGCUGGGGCCCGGGGCCCCCUAGAGGGCUCCCUCCCAGCCCAAGAUGGCCGAGGGCUGCUGCACCACUCCUGCCCGCCCAACUAGCAUGGAGGAGAUGAGCCAAGUCCUCAGGGGAUCCCACUCCUGCUGCCUGUGGGCAUCAACAGGAUGAGUUCUGGGUGAUCAGGGGCCAGCUGGACUCCAGGCUGCCAAGACACCAGCCACCCACAGGCCACAGCGUUUGGGGUAUUUCCUAAGUGAUUUGUAAACGUGCCUUAUUGAUCCCCUGAUGCUUGUGGAGGGACUGAACCAGGCUCAAAGUCAACAGCAACCCCUGGUUCUUUCUGUGCAUGGCCAGCCAGCUGGGGGCCUGAGGCUCACCCCUGAGAUUCUCUCUGGCUCUCAGGACUGGCCAUCUUGACGUCCUGUGACGUCUUAGGGUACCGAAACCGGCCCGCUGUGCCAGCUCUGAGCUGCCUGAGGUCUGAGUAUCUACCUGCCUGUCCUUAUCACUCAGCUGCCAUCCGUUGGCAUCUCGAGCCUCUCUGUAUCUUUCCCAGGAGGUGAGAGACAAAAUUCGGUACGAUUUUCCCCAGCAAGAGGGAUGGAGCAGCCUAGCCCCCACCUACCUGCUCCCAUCCCACCCCCACCCCCCACCAGGCUCCUGCAUAUGGCCACAGCUGAGGACCUUGGCGGGUGUGGUGGAGGGUCCAUGCCUCUGCCUGCCUACAGCUCUGAUCACCGGCCCAGAGAGUGGCCAGUGAAUCAGCCUCCCCGGCAGGCCAUGUGGACUGUACCCAGCCACGUGGGGCGUCAGACGUCCCGCUGUGUGUUGGCCACAUGAGGCUGCGUGGAAGGUUGGACACAUGGGACUUUUUGUCGUGUCUAGUGUUGAACACAUGAGGUUUUGUCAAAUGUGGAAUGUCUGUGUCCCGUCAAGUGUUGGCCCUGUCAUGAAUCAGACAUUAGAUGUCACGUUCGUGGAGCAUUGAAUGUCAGAACUGUGUGAUAGCACAUAGAAGGCUGAGUGUCCAAGACCACAUGAGGGGGGAGCAGCCCCUUGAACACGUUAAGACUAUGCUGAGCACAUCUGGCCCUGUUUGGUGUAUGAGCUGCCACGGCAUCAUGGUGCAGGACGCUGGACACACGGCCAGCCCAUGUGGCCUGGGCUGCUGUGGGAAGAGACAGACUGGGGGGAGUCUCCUCCGCAUCCCCACCCCUCUCCCCUGUGGAAAUCUCAUUCAUUGUAAACCAAAUACAAUGUGUUCUUUUUCAUA